UCUUCCUGCACUGCGCCCGGGUCGAAGGCUGCCCUGAGCCAACAAUACACACACACACAAAGAGAGAGAGCGAGAGAGAGAGCGACACACACCGACAGUGAAUAGGACUGGGUUCGGAUUCAACAAGUCUCCAUUUGUCCAACAAGUCGAUGGCUCCGCUGCUGAGGUGCUGCGUUCUGACCCUGCUGCUGUUCUUCUUGACGCUGGAUCCUGGGGCAGCAGAAGGAAAUAGACCCAUGUUACAAAGACAGAGAAGAGAAUGGGUCGUCGCCCCCAGAAAGCUGAAGGAAAACCACGACUACACCGGCCUGCCGUUUAUCGCCAAAAUUCGCUCGGAUAAAUCAUACAACAAGACGAUAUAUUAUUUCUUAAAAGGGGCUGGUGUCGACCAACCGCCAAUCGGAAGAUUUUCUGUCGACAGGUUAACUGGUUUUGUUAGAGUCCAUUCCGUUCUGGACCGAGAGGAAAUUGACAGCUAUCUCUUACAAGGUGUGGCCAAAUACGAAAGCGGUGAUAUCGCUGAAACCGAUAUCAACAUUACUAUCUCUGUCGUGGAUGAGAAUGACUGCUCUCCAGUCAUUAAGAUGGGGCAGGUGGGAUCUGUCAAUGAAUCCAGUGCAGCAGGUACUAUUGUCAUGAGAGUGAUUGCUACUGAUGCCGAUCAAGCGGGCACAGACCACACAAAACUCUUCUACAGCAUUGACCAGAAGAGUAACAAGGAUGGGAUGUUCUCCAUCAACUCUCAAACUGGAGACAUCAUGGUGCAACAGUCCACUCUGGAUAGGGAGCUAAGAGAUUCCUACAGCUUGGCCGUCAAUGUCGUUGACAUGGAUGGACGGUCUGGAAACUCAGGAAGCGGAGUAGUUCAGAUACAAAUUCUGGACAUAAAUGACAAUGUGCCGACCUUGGAGAAAGAAAUGUAUGAAGGGAGCGUGUCGGAGAACACCAUCAACACGGAGGUGAUGAGGAUUCAAGGCAUGGACAUGGACAUGAUAAACACUGAGAACUGGGAAGCUGUCUAUGAAAUCGUUUCAGGGAACGAGGGAGGCUAUUUCAGUAUCCAUACUGAUGCCAAGACCAACGAGGGAAUCAUCAUGGUUAACAAGGCGCUGGACUAUGAGGAACUAAAGGCCCUCAACUUGGGUGUGUCCGUCUCCAACAAAGCGCAGUACAAUUUUGGUAGUGGCAGUUCGUCAUCAGGCUCAUCAGGCUCAUCAGGCUCAUCAGGCUCAUCAGGCUCAUCAGGCUCAUCAGGCUCAUCAGGCUCAUCAGGCUCAUCCGUCAUCGCAAAAUCCUACCCUGUCAAAAUCAACGUGGUCAAUCAAAAGGAAGGUCCCCGUUUUCAGCCGGGUGUGAAAGUGGUGGCCAUCUCUGAGGACCAAUCCUCCUUCAACAUCAAGAACAUCCUCACCAACUACGCCGCUAUCGACAGUGACACACUGAUGACAGCCACCAACGUCAGGUACAACCUCACCGUAGUGAAAGACAGUUGCGUCUAUACACUUUCUGUAUGCAGGACAGUGCGUACACGCAACUCAACAGUGCAUUUACACAGUAUCUCUCUCUCUCUGUGUCUCUGGAUUCAUGUGUGUUUGUUCACUUUCAGAUAUUCAAAAUUCCUCGAUGAAGGCAACUGGUUGAUCGUUGAUUCAGAGACGGGAGAUAUCAGGCUGAACAAACUACCUGACAGAGAGUCCAAAUACCUGGUCAAUGGAACAUAUUAUGCUAAAAUAAUAGCUGUUACCGACGAUAAUCCCUCCAAAACCGCCACAGGAACCAUAGCCAUUCAGGUGGAGGACUUCAAUGACCACUGCCCUAAGCUGACGACAAAAGCUCACACCAUGUGCCUGGAGGAGAGCGUCAUCUACGCCACGGCCGUGGAUGAGGACGAUUUCCCCAAUUCAGCGCCGUUCGAGUUCACCGUGAAUGGGCAGAAGAACAAUCAGAAAUGGACAGUGGAGCAUUUUAAUGCUACCACAUCGAUUCUCAGAGACAACGCCGACUUGUGGCCAGGCGUCCACCAAGUGGCCGUGGAGGUCAGGGACCAGCAAGGGAAAAUGUGCGAUGAGGUUCAGAUCAUAGAUGUAACCGUGUGCAGGUGUGAUGAGGACACCAAACAGUGCAGUCCGCUCAAGGCGAAGAAUGUCAGUUUAGGAGCUGGAGGGAUCUUGCUUCUGCUGCUGGGCCUGCUGCUGCUGCUGCUGUUGCCGCUUCUGCUGUUGUUCUGCCUGUGUGGAGGUGCUCCCCUUAAAGGAGAUUUCAAGCCACUUCCGUAUGACAGCAAACCGCAGCUGAUGGCAUUUCACACCGAGGGACAGGGAGAAGACAAGGAGGUUCCUCUUCUACGGGUCCCGAUGGAAGUGGACAAUGGCGGCGGGCACAUCAAGAACGUCAACAUGUAUGAGGCAGGCGGGUUCCUGACAAAUUACAAUGAGUCCGGAGGAGGAGGACUGGUUGGAGGAGGAGGAUAUGGCGGUGGCAUGAAUACAUUGACCUCAGACGAAUUGCACAGGUACAACAGUUACAAGUACAUUGCCGGGCAAUCGGAGGCACAGCAUCUGGGUGCAGGGAUGGGGGCGGAGUUCUCUGGAUACGGAGGCGGGGCCUUUGACGGGAUGGCUCUGUCUGAACACUACCUGCAAGAGUACUAUACAAAUAAAGCAAACCAUGCCACACAAGAGUCCCAGCAGAAGGAUGGACUGCUGGUCUAUGACUACGAGGGUAAGGACUCUCUGGCGGGCUCUGUAGGUUGCUGCAGUCUUCUCGAGAACGAUAAUGAUCUCGCCUUCCUCGAUGACCUGGGGUCUAAAUUCAAAACCCUGGCAGAGAUCUGUCAAGGAUCGACCAUCGUGACCCGAUCGGCGACUGCAGUUGUUUCCAGCUCCCUACCAAGACCAGUGUCUCCAGUCAGGCCCUCCACCUCCUCCCACACGCACGUCCAGACUCACACAGAGUCAGUCAGGGAGAGGGACCGUGUCCAUAUCAACACUGUGGACACCUCCAAUGUAGCAACCGGAUCCUCCACGAUCUUCCAGGAGGAGCGAAUUACUGAGAGAGCCCAGGUUCCUACGGUGCAAGUCCAGGAAAAUAUAAUGAUUCCCAGUCAGACCAUGCUCAUACAGCAGCCCCCUAUGUACUAUACUACUGCGCCGAUGUACAUGGUCGAGUCCCAGCCCCAGAUGAUGCUUGUGGCAGGGGGCGCCCAGCAGCAGGGGCUGGUGCAGGUUGGUGGUCUCCAAGGUUCUCAGGGUAUGGUCCUCGUAGACAGGCAGGUAGGAGUGAAUGGAGGCAUGGGGCAGGUGCAGGUUGGUGGUCUCCAAGGCUCUCAGGGUAUGGUCCUCGUAGACAGGCAGGUAGGAGUGAAUGGAGGCAUGGGGCAGGUGCAGGUUGGUGGUCUCCAAGGCUCUCAGGGUAUGGUCAUCGUAGACAGGCAGGUAGGAGUAAAUGGAGGCAUGGGGCAGAUGCAUGUUGGUGGUCUCCAAGGCUCUCAGGGUAUGGUCCUCGUAGACAGGCAGGUAGGAGUAGAUGGAGGCAUGGGGCAGAUGGCGCAAGGCUUUUCGCAGGGAACCACCUCCAGGUCCAGGAAGGUGAUGCUGGUGGAGAACGGGUCCGCCGCUGGACAGCAAGGUGGACAAUUUGUGCAGGGAUUCACUCAGAUGGGACAGGGUUCCACAGCACAGGGCUUGGAGGUCAAAGGUCAGGGCUAUGAGAUGAGGGCUCCGAGUUUUACGAUGGGUUCACUCGGCUCUACAGGAUUAAAUGAGGAUUUCUCUGGUCACACCCAAGUUUCUAUGACCGCACCCAAGCUACAAGGGAGCAAGAAACAGGUUGUGCAACAUAAGAAAGUCACUGUCACAGAGAGAAAUAUUGAAUCUAAUACAAGAGCUUAAAGCUUAAAUUUGCUUAGCAUAUCCACAAAUGUCAUAAUUCUUAAUCUACUGGAAUUUAUUUCAGUUUGUUAGAAUAUAUUAAACUUCUGUUAAUACAGAUUAAUUACUAGUUAAAUUGUGGUUAAACUGGUUAAUGAAUAGUGAAGUCUGCUUUACCUAAAGUACAGCACUGUAUGUCCUCUACACUACUGCACUUAGUGAACACAUAGGGUGUGUUAUUUACUACUUGUCUGUCAUGGCCAUACAAUUACACAAUACAAACAUUGUUGGUGUAAGGUUUAUUACAGAACUGGGAGAAAACAACAGGUUAUAAGAGGCAUUUACAUGACUAGCUGAGGGGGAGCGGAAUAUCUAGGACUAGUCAGUGCAGGCACAAAAUGACAGCCAUUAAAUCACUGUAUUUACUUUAAUUACACUAGCAAGGCUUUCGGUGUGGGAGCGGCCAAAGUAAACUAAACUAAACCCGUCAGACCAACACUGCAUAUUCUCUCAUCAAACUGCAAAUCCCCGGGUAAUCUCCCAACUAAAGAGAAAACUGGAAGAAGUGGAGAACGUACAAAAUGGCCACAGUGCGUCUCCCAGGGUGUAGAAAAAGUCUUUAGAGUCUGUAAAGAUAAGAUAAGACUGGAAAAUAAUUACGAUAAAUUGAUCAUGUUUGAUAAAGUCAAUAUGACAAAAAAACUUGUGUACAUAGUAUACUGCUGCAACCCACUGCUGCGAGUGUUGUAUAUUUUUGUGUGGUGUAUUUGUUUUUUGUAAUGUUUUAGCUGUAGCCGUGCCUUUUAGCUGCUCUGCUGACCUUUGGAUUGUUUGCCUUAGUUAUACUGUAACUUAGACCUGGGUUGGGAAUUCCUGGGAGUACUGUAAAACUGAUAAAAGCCCCGUCUGCAGCCGGAUCAAAGCCCGAUUGUCCGAAUGAUUUGAUUCACCAGAACGAGACAAGGAUGUUUUUAUUGCUAUGCAGCGUACUCGACAGAAAUCGUCCUUUUUAUUCUUGCACUCUAUUUUCUACAGAAUAAUUUGGGUUCUCGAGGAGCUUUAAAAUUAUCAAAGCCUGUUAAUUUUGUUUAUAAAAUUGAAUAUUGUGAAAUACUUUUUGUAUUGUUUUAUUUUUAUCGUGUGUUAAGGUAACAUUAUUUGGCUUUGUGGAUGGGAAGUGUCAAGCACUAGAAUUUGUUUUUGAUCAAGUUAAUAUUUUACUAGUGCUGUAUGAAUACAGCUUAUGUUGCUCUAGAACAGCACAGUACUGAAAAUGCAUUAUAGUGAGGAUGUUUUCAUUUUGAAAGUGUUGCACAUCAUAACCUAAUAAAAUCUAAUUGAAAGAAA